AUGGCCUCCUACUGGGCCAUACAGCUACUGCUCUUGGCAGCCUGUGGUGAGGCCUUCAGGUGCUACUCCUGUGACAGGCCCACACCCAUUCAUUUGUGCAAGAACAUCACUUACUGCAAGCUGGAGGACACAGCCUGCAAGACCACCCUGGAGAAGGUGGAGUCAGAGUACCCCUUCAACCAGAGCCCCAUGGUGACCCGUUCCUGUUCCAGCUCCUGCCUGGCCACUGACCCCGACAGCAUCGGAGCAGCCCAUCCUGUGUUCUGCUGCUUCCGUGACCUCUGCAACUCUGGGGAAGGCCUGGCAGUGCCUGUGGUCACCUUCUGCCUACUUCUGUAA